GAGCUGUGUCAACAUCCAGGUUAUAACAUCUAGGCCUACAUGUACAUUGAAAGAGGGACAUUCUUCAAUAACAAUUGGUGUUCAGUCUAUACCGUCACUGAUUGUGGCGUUCGUUUUAGUCGUUCAUAGUUUCAAUUACACAAGAUUAAAUUACCAACUGGAAGAAAUAAUUAUUAACCAUAAGUUCAGAUGAUGGGUGUAUUAAGUAGUCCAAGUAAACAGUUAUAUGUUGUGUUUUGUUUAACUUGCUGUAUGUUUAUAUAUGUGGUGUUGAUAUACAAAGCUCUACCUUAUAAAUUAACAGUCAUAAAACACGAAGGAGAUUACAGAUUAUCAGAUUAUAAACAUGCUCAUUUUCACAGACGAUACAAGCAACAGACUGGUAGUUUAUAUAUUUUAAACAAUGAAAUUAUAUCUGAUAGUUCAAUACAUGAUAUACAAAAUAUUCCAGAUGCCCAUUACGUUCAAAUAGCACAGUCUGUGAGAUCCAUGGUUGACGGUAUUAAAAUGUCCAUUGAACAAGGUGCUUCGUGGAUUUAUCUCCCUUCUUCAAAUCAACACCUGGGUCAAACCUUGACGAAAUUUAACUAUAAAAAAGAGUUAAAUAGUUUAAUUUACACUGGACCAAAUAAAAAUGAUGUGAAAUUUCAUUUCAUAGCCCAAAAAUUCAACAAUCCUGAUGAUUUUAAACGUACUUACGUUUUUGGAAAAUAUGAAACGCCAUCCAUUCAAACAUUCUUCCAAGUCGACCCUCAACAGUUAAAGUCCAUGGAUUAUCGUGCUCCUCCCGUGACGGUCAGUACAUCCCCGCUUUACCCUUUUACUCAGCAAAGCACCCUCUAUUCAUAUAAAGCAUUCUGGGCUUUGGUUCCGCUUCAAAUAAACUCGGUUAUCUGGUCGCUGUGGACGGGAAGGUUACUAAUGGAACUGGAAGACUAUAUGGCGUUUUAUGCACCCCCUUACGUCGGCAUACAGGGGUUCAGUGAAGGACAUAUUUUGCAUGAAUUUGGAGAGAUGAGGCGCGCCUCACUCAACUGGAAGUGUGAUGAAAGAGUCACAUUUUUUACGUGUAUGGUGGACUUAAGUCAAGUUUUAAAAGACAAAGCGAUAUUUUCCGAUUAUGAUGUUUCCAUGGUUACAAGCUGGAUAGAAGAAUUGAUAUCCAGUGGAUAUUCCGAACCUAAGAGAAAAACACAGAACACAAAAAUACAAUUUUUAAAUAAAAUGUUAUUCUGGCCUUCCAAGGGCGUGGCUGAAAAACUUAGUAAGACGGAAAUAUUCAACGGGACUUGUUCAAAAUCUAUCGGUAAUUGUGACACUGUUAAACCCCUUGGCAAUGUUAGGUUUAAUAACGUUUUAUUAGUUAUAGUCAUCAACAUGCCCGGAUAUUAUCACGUGAUCGAUUACAUGGAAUCUUUAUAUAAACCGAUAUUUCCACAACGAUUAUACUGUUCUUCUAAUAUGACAAGUCUAAAUCAAUUUUAUCGUAAUUUAAAACACAAAGAAAUAUCCUUUAUUGAAGUUAACUUCUUUAAUGGACAGUUUGGUUAUCAAUGUAUCCAAAAAGCUCAUCAACUUAGGUAUGAUGUCAACGGGUACCUGCAUCUAUCUGAUGACGUCAUGAUGAACUUGUGGAAUAUCGCGUCACUUCCGUUAGACAGACCCUGGUUUCAACAUGAUAUGAAAGUUGGGAAAUUCACCGAUAAAAAAGUUGCAGAUGUUGCUAGCAAACCUUUUUGGUGGCCAUGGGGUAGUUCUAUUGGCAUUAACGGUGUUAAAAAGGCAUUCAAUCAGCUCAUAAAUGUUACAAAAUCCAACGACCCGAUGAGUGACAAAGUGCUUUCCUUUUUUAAAACAUUAGCGCAGAAUGCUGGAGGCAGCAGUCGAGCAUUUUACCAGGCAUCUGACAUACAUUACUUGCCAAUAAAUAUGGCGGAUGAUUAUGUGUAUUUUGUGGAUUAUUUCAAUAAAAAUCGUGUGCAUUUAGAGAUAGCAGUGCCGACGAUAUUAAGUGGUUUAACGCCUAACAAGAACAUUGUUAAAUUACCGGGUAUUUAUUUAUGGCACGAGAAGAGACGGAAUUAUCGAGAAUUAUAUAAACAAUCGGACGUUUUUUUACACCCUAUGAAAUUAGCCUCAUGUAUGAAAAACCCAACUUGUUAUCAAUUCUACUGUAAGAGUUAUAUCUCAUGUUGGUAUAACGUAUGAAACAUAGGGUAUGUCAACAUUGCUUUCUUUUUGUACAGUUACCGUACAUUAUUACCACUGCACCAGCAAAGAAAACAUAUAGGUUCACGCACUAACUAGAAUGUGCUGGUCCGAAUCCAGACGUGGGUGGCGUCAUCUUCAAGAGAAGGCUUCAUCUCGCUCACAGCUUUAUAUCAAGAUGUUGUAAAACUAGCCGCCGUUGAUGCGGGAACAUGGGACAGCGUGGACCGAGAUGAUUUGACAUUUUCCAAGCCUGGUUACCAUUCUUAUCACCUGACAAGUGAUGCGACGGACAACUGAAGGUCUGAAGUCGUCAUCAAUAUACACGUGAUUAUUCUGCAAAUCCACGGGAGGAACAUCCUAUCACUGAAUUUAUCUCCGGGCGGAGGGCUGGGGGGGAUCUUGUAAAUAUGGU